AUGGCUUCCACCAUUGAGCUUGCAUCUGCCUUCAUUGAAGGCGCCCCGCCCGGCGAGGAGGGCGAUAUCCUUUCUUCGCUCGCCCCUGCUUUUGAGCGAUACAAUGAGAGCCAGCUCGCUACGGUGAAGCUACCAGGCUCGAGCCAGGAGGUGAUUGUCAGUGAAUUUAACAAGGUGGAGGGCAACCGCUAUUUCGAUUCGGAGAGCCAGACCUCGUUCGAGAUCGACCAUACUACACAGAUCGCCUCAAAUGCGCAGUCAUCGCCUUUGGAAUCACAGAAUGCCGAUCUGAUUAAAUCGCUGCUCAAGUCACUAGGCAUUCAUGCUAAGGAGCACUACCCUAACUGCUCGUAUGGUGUCUAUCCCAUCGAGAACGACUCUGCCAUCGCAAUCCUUCUGGUCGCGAACCGAUACUCUCCUAACAACUUCUGGAACGGCCGAUUCCGUGCCAUCUACCAAGUUCCCGUCUCCUCCUCGUCCACAACCGUGACGGGCAAGAUCCACGUCGAUGUACACUACUACGAAGACGGCAACGUCGCUCUGAACACCACCAAGCCCGUCAAGAUCCCCAUCAAUUCCGUCACCGCCGAGUCCAUCAUCUCCCGCACUGCUACCGCGGAGCGCGACUACCAGGAGGAAUUGAACCGCGCGUUCGUGCGCAUGGCCGAGGGUGCAUUCAAGGGGCUGCGGAGACAGCUGCCCAUUACCCGCCAGAAGGUGGAGUGGGAGAAGGUUGGCGGAUACCGGCUGGGUCAGGAUAUUUCUGGUGGCAAGGGACGGUAG